AUGUUCGUCUUGGAUUCCUCCAACAGCAUCUGGAUCAUCGAUUACAAACAGCAGCUGGAGUUUGUUAGGAAGCUAGUCAACACUUUCGACAUUGGACCCGACAAAACCCAGGUCCGCAUCGGCGCAAUUACGUUCAGUAACACGGCACACCUCGAGUUCUCCUUCGGCCAUUACAGCGACCAAGAAUCGCUGAGCAAAGCCAUUUUAAACAUCCCCUAUCGCAAAGGUUCAACAAACACCGCUCUUGCGCUUGACCUGCUCAGAAAAGAAACUGAAUCUCGAAUCAAAGACUCAACUGUUCCUUACCUUGGCAUUGUUAUCACUGACGGUCUUUCCACUAAUCCGAAGGCAACUCGUCACGAAGCAAAACGAUUGCACGAUCUUGGGAUUGCUGUCUACGCUAUUGGAGUUGGUAAUAAUUAUCAUUUGAAAGAACUGAAGGCCAUCGCCAGUAAUCCAGUUGAGAAUGUUUUCCAGGUUUCUAGUUAUUCGGCUUUGAAAAGCAUCACACAGGCUUUAAAUAUCAAAACUUGCAAAGAUAUUGAAAUAACGACAACAACGACAACAACAACACCUGUGCCGACGACUAUAACCACAACUACAUCCCCUGCUCCAACAACCGACACAACCACACCUUCACCAACAACGACAACCACUACCCUAGCAACAACUACCACCACAUCAAUUACUACUACCACACUUUCCCCUACAACAACAACGACGACUACAGCUGCUCCAACGACCCUCACCACUACAGCUGCUCCAACGACGACCACCAGAAGACUGGAAAGGCUUCAAAGAGACGAAACAAGUUCCGUAUCUUUUGGAUACGAUUUACUGGCAAUGGGAGCCUACCGAGCCCGUAUGAUCUCAGAAUUUAUCAAUUCCUUGCUUCCAUACACUGGAUACGGCAAUUAUGGUGUUGUCUCUUUUUCUUAUUGCCCUGAAAUCUACAAUGUUCCAGUGACGUCUUUGAUGAACACCACGUCUGACGAAUCGAUCCGUCGCCUUCCAACCAGCAAUCGAAUUCCCGACCUUUCCGACGUUGUCUCCAGAAUGAGACAAGAUCUCUACUCGAACACAGUUCGGAAUUUUCCCAAUGGGAUAGCCGGCCGCCAAGCCGGCAUCCUCUUUCUCGACCCCGCCGUUACUGCCAUCACGCCCCGACUCAUACGGGAGACGAACAGGCUCAAAAAUCAAGGGUUUAAGCUCUUUUUAAUCAAUGUUGGACGUGUGCCGUGGCCUCAGCCCCGUUACUUAUACACCAUGAGCAGUCAACCGUACCGUAACUAUAUGUUCCGCUUCCCGUCUUACACGAAUUUAUUGCAUAGACUAGCUAUCUCGGUCAUUUCAUAUCUAUCUAUCAAUCUAUCUAUCUAUCUAUCUAUCUAUCUAUCUAUGUCUGUUUAUUAUCUAUGUAUCUAUCUCUGUUCACAUCUAUCUAUCUAUCUUACCUAG